AUGCAACCCACAGCCAAUCGCCGCAUACCAGACGAAUUGUGGUUCUCUGUCUCCUUUUCACUCGUCUUUAUUGGCAGCAUCCUCGCAAUCGGUUACAUCUUCUGUCGCAUCAUCUGCAGUGAAUCAAUGGGUAACUGUCAAAUCAUUAAGUGUAUGUCCUACUGGCUCUUGCCGUACGGUCUAUUGAUUGUCAUCUUCGUUGUCUUCGCCGUCUCUGUGACGAGAUACGGGAGACCAAGAAAGCUCGUGGCCUACUUGGAGGGUGGCGGAUGGAUUGAGGAAUAA